AUGUAUGGGCUGUAUAUUUAUUUAAGCAUCAUUUCUAUAAACCUUCUUAUAUUGAACUCAGUUUUUGCUAAAAGUUAUGAAGAAAUUCUAGCAAAUCAUUUGAUCAAUCAACCUAAUUUAUGGUUACAACCAUCUGCAUGUCCUUACGUUUGUCAAAAGCCUCUUCCAGUUAAUCUUACAUAUAAUGUUAUACAAGUAGUAAAGUUGUCGCAUUCAGAUGAAACACUUAUCAUAUCUGGAUGGUUUACUAUAAGAUGGAUGGAUCACCGUCUGAAGUGGGAACCAAGUGAUUUUGGCGAUCUGGAAAAUAUACUGAUUUUUAAAAGUAAACAAUUAUGGAGACCCGAUUUAGCAUUUGGAAAUCGCAAAAAGAAUGGGCUGUUUGAUUUGACUUCAGGCAAUAAUGCAUCACGUUUGAUGGUUGAAUCCAACGGUUACGUAACAUGGUUGCAUGGCUCAGUUUUAGAACUCUCUUGCCCUCUUGAUAUGACUAAAUUACCAUUUGACCGACAAAAAUGUUAUUUGGUUUUGACUACAUUGUAUAGUACAACCAAACAAUUAGAAAUCAAUUUAAAAAUCGAUCAUUUAAGUAUUGAUAACAGUUUUAUGCCGAAUGCUAAUCAUAGUGAGUGGAUAAUUGAAGAGAUCGGUUAUCAUUCUUCUGUAUACUUGAGGCAAACUAAUUCAAAAUAUCAAUAUCUCGUAAUAUCCAUCACACUAAAACAUGAACCAUUGUACUUUGUGACAUUUGUUGUCGCACCAUUUACCCUGAUUUCAACAUUAACAUGUUCAAUAUUUACACUGAGUUGUCCAAGUGAUCGGUUAGUUACUGCGUUAUCGCUAUUCUUUGGUGCAACUGUAUACGUAAUUACAGUGUCAUCAAAUACACCUAGAUCCGUGAGUCAGAUACCUCUUUUAGGAAUUUAUUUACUGAAUCAGUUAGGUUUCAUGGGUUUGGCGACUAUUGUUGCUGUCAUAAAUAAUCAGUUUGCUCAAUUGAACAAUCGUCUAGAGUGCUUCGUAAGUCCGUUUAAAAAGGAAUAUUCAAUAAAAAAGCAAAACAUCAAAUUUUAUAAAGAGUUUUUGAGCAAAAGACCAAUCUUCUGUAAGCCUUGUAGUUGCAAUGAUUGCCGUCGUCAGCAUCAACAAGAACCAUUUUAUUAUCCUCGCUUGAAUUAUCAUGAAAAUUUGAAGUUAAAACCUAGUACUUAUUUUUCAGUGGGCAAUAGUAAAAGAAAGUAUGAUCGUUACUAUUUGACAUCAUUGAUAGAUUUAUUUAGUAUACUGACUUAUUUAACGGUAUCCACAUGGAACUGGAUUUAUUGUUUCUAUGUAUUGCCUAAUUAA